GAUGUUGGCAUGUCCCGUGUAGCAGAAACAGGUAAAACUUGAUCCUGGAGUCACAUGACAUGGUAUCGACCGUCGGAAAUUUACACGCAGUGUACAGUGUACACUAUCUCCGAUGAAUAUCAGAUGAAGAUCUGCCUUAGGCUGUACAUGUAUGCGCGGGCGGCAGUAUCGGUUAUUAAAUAAAUCCCAAUGGCUCAGCGAACACCAUACUUAAGUACUAGUGCUCGCGGGCGUAUCGCUCGGAGGUUCCAUUCAGUGAUCAGGACUUGCGGGCAGGUCACCACAAGGCGCAUACUGUAUAUCGAUUUAUCCUCAUAUGUCUUCCUUAUCUGUCUCAGACCUGAUGAAGUUGCAGACAGUCAAGUACGCCAAUUUGGGCAGUAUUGCAAUCCUCGUAUUUGAUUUUUGCAUUACGUUUCCCGAAGAGGUGCGAUGGACCUGGUUCAGACCAUGGGAUGUAACUCGUGUCAUUUUUGUCAUUUCUCGAUAUUUGCCUUUCGCGGGUGUUGGAUUGACUGCAUAUGAUGCACUGCGUGUCAAACAUCAGUGUACUUCUUCUCCGCAAGGAAAAAUCAUUCACAUAAUAAGUAUCGUUGCUGCGGAAUCCUUGCUGAUCAUUCGGACCUGGGCAUUCUGGCAGAGGAGUAAAAGACUGCUGAUCGGAUUAUUGGUUUAUAGUGCGUUGAUGAUUGCCGCCGCCCUUGCUGUAGACCUCAGCCCUACGAUGCUGCUUCCAGGAGAAGAGCCUCCCCUAGGAACUUGUUACUUCGAGGACACACGCAAUGAGGCGGUCGUAUACAUAUUCUUGGCGAUGUUCGAAAGCGUGAUACUGAUCCUUACUGUGUAUAAGAGGGUUCACAAUUACAAAAACUCUCAGAGCGGAAUUGUGGUAACCCUGUAUCACGAUGGCAUGUUUUACAUGUUGUGCAUUCUUGGCAUCACACUCGCCAAUGUUAUCAUCGGAGCUGCACUUCCAAGUGCCUAUAGCGAUAUGCUUGAUGCGCUACAGCUGGUCAGUCACAGCGUCCUGGCAUCACGGAUUCUAUUCCGCAUUCGAGAUAGCAACGAACGUAUACACGAACCGUCUGUGUCGGUAACGACCAUGGAAUUAGACUGUUUACGACCUCCGUCGAUGUCGAUGAGUUGGACGGGUACUACUAGUCAAGCUUGAAGGAAUGUGGGUAUAUGCGGAAUCAUCGCCCUCUGUUCAAAUGAGAAGCUUCUUGCCAAGCUUCAGUGCCCCCCGAUGACUGUAUCGACUGGACUUUAGCUUGUUCCUAGGGGAAACAUGCAGCUGUCAUUAGCACCGUGC